GUGCGACUGCGGCCGAGGUUCGUCGAGCCGGACAUGAGUCCUCCGCGCCGGGCCUCCGAAAGCCGCGGGGCCCCGUCCUGGGCCCUGGGCCCGCUGCUGCUGCUGGGGCUGGGGCUGCACAGCUGCCGCGGAGAGGCCCACAGGGCCCUGGACCCCGACUUUCAAGAGAAGUAUUUCGAACAAUUUCUAGACCACUUCAAUUUUGAGAGUUUUGGCAACAAGACCUUUCUUCAGCGGUUCCUGAUGUCAGACAAGUUCUGGAGAAAGGGCGAGGGACCCAUCUUCUUCUACACGGGGAACGAGGGGGACAUUUGGGUCUUCGCCAAUAACAGUGGCUUCCUGGUGGAACUGGCAGCCCAGCAAGAGGCCCUGAUCAUCUUUGCGGAGCAUCGAUACUACGGGAAGUCACUCCCGUUCGGCCCUCGGUCCACGCAGCCAGGGCACAUGCAGCUGCUGACUGUGGAACAGGCGCUAGCCGACUUUGCUGAGCUGCUCCAGGCCCUGCGGAAGGAGCUCAGGGCCCAGCAAGCCCCCGCAAUUGCCUUUGGAGGGAGUUACGGGGGGAUGCUCAGCGCCUACCUGAGGAUGAAGUUUCCCCACCUGGUGGCCGGCGCGCUGGCUGCCAGUGCACCCGUCCUGGCUGUGGCAGGCCUCGGUGACUCUUGUCAGUUCUUCCGAGAUGUGACAGAGGACUUCCACAACCAGAGCCCCAAGUGUGCGCAGGCUGUGCAGGCCGCCUUCCAGCAGAUCAAGGACUUGUUCCUGCAGGGAGCCCACGACAUCAUCAGCCAGGAGUUUGGCACCUGCCAGCUGCUCUCCAACCCUAAGGACCUGACUCAGUUUUUUGGUUUUGCCCGGAAUGCCUUUACCCUGCUGGCCAUGAUGGACUACCCCUACCCCACCGACUUCAUGGGGCACCUUCCCGCCAACCCCGUCAGGGUUGGCUGUGUCAGGAUGCUAAGUGAGACACAGAAGAUCAGAGGACUGCGUGCACUGGUAGGGCUGGUCUACAACUCCUCCGGCACAGAGCACUGUUAUGACAUCUACAAGCUGUACCAAAGCUGCGCUGACCCCACCGGCUGCGGCACCGGCCCCGACGCCAAGGCCUGGGACUACCAGGCCUGCACAGAGAUCAACCUGACGUUUGACAGCAACAACGUCACCGACAUAUUCCCUGAGCUCCCGUUCACGGAGAAGCUCCGCCAGCAAUACUGCCUGAACACGUGGGGCGUGGAGCCCCGGCCAGACUGGCUGUACAACAACUUCGGAGGUGGUGACCUUAAAGCUGCCAGCAACAUCAUCUUCUCCAAUGGUGACCUGGAUCCCUGGGCAGGGGGUGGGAUUCGGAAGAGCCUCAGCAGCUCAGUGGUGGCCAUCACCAUCCACGGGGGAGCACACCACCUCGACCUCAGGUGGUCCCAUCCACAAGACCCCCUGUCGGUUGUGAAAGCUCGCAGGCUGGAGGCCGCCUUGAUCCGUGAGUGGGUGAAGGCAGCCAGGCAUAAACAUCGGGGACCGGGGACCUAAGGGCAGCCCUCACUCAGCUAAGACCAGACAGGAUGUGGAUCUGCCCAUCUCAGCACCUCUUGUGGUUGCUGCCUGGCUGCCUGCUUGACGUCUGGAUGUGUCAUCCAGAUCCAAGCAGAUCCGAGGGCCAGCCCGUGUGUGGACCCUGGGACCUGAGGAGCCCAAGGCUCUGAGCCCAGCUCUCCCUCGAGUGAGGGAGGGGUUGGAGGGAAGCGGCUGAAUAAACGCCUGUUCCUUAGCUCUGCCAGGGGGAGGGAGGUACAUGCCGGUCAGUCACAGGGAAGCCAGGAUGCUGCUUGGCCCACAGAUCCAAUAUUUAAUAAAGCAGAUUCCCCAACUCA